UCAUUAACCCUCCGAUUUGGUUCCUAUCUUUGAUUGAUUGAUGAUUAAGGAAAUACUUUUUGAGUGUUCCAAUUUCAAGUCUUUUACCAUUGCUCUUUUGUAUGACCAAUAAGAGGGCCAUUUGUGUGACUAUUCUAGCUGUGCCACCUCUUCAGCCUAUAAUUCAUAGGCUAUUGUACAAUUGAUACCAACCCCAUCUAAGAAAAUUCUUCUAGCCAAGCUACGUAUAAAGGCUGAUCGGGGCAUGUGCAGAAACUCAAAUUGCGGUGUCUGCUUUCUGGUUUUCGACUUUCUAGGUGUAGUUCGAACCCUGUUUUAGACCCCUGAAGCCUAUAAAUUUCAGCUUGCCAAGUACCUCCACGUUAACUUUUAACAACUCCCAAAAAUUGAAAAAACCUUGACCCAAGGGUCAGAGCUCUACCUGUCGAUACACGCACACCCACAUAAACACAAAGACCGAGAGCAGCUAUAUAUGCCUCCGGUUACAAAGAGCAUGUCUAUCCCUAUAGAAGAGGACAGUGAGCUGAGACGAGGGCCCUGGACCCUUGAAGAGGAUACUCUCCUAACUCAUUACGUUGCUCGUUAUGGGGAAGGUCGUUGGAAUAUGUUAGCAAAAUGUGCAGGUCUCAAGAGAACUGGCAAAAGCUGCAGAUUGAGGUGGCUGAAUUACUUAAAACCUGAUAUUAAGCGCGGAAACCUGACUCCCCAAGAGCAGCUCUUGAUUCUUGAACUUCAUUCCAAGUGGGGAAACAGGUGGUCGAAAAUUGCACAACAUCUUCCAGGAAGAACAGACAACGAGAUCAAGAACUACUGGAGAACGAGGGUGCAAAAACAGGCACGCCAACUUAAUAUCGAGUCCAACAGCAAGAGAUUCCUUGAGGCAGUUCGAUGUUUUUGGAUGCCAAGAUUGCUUCAGAAAGUGGAGCAGACAUCCUCUUCUUCCUCCUCUUUGAAAGAAAUAAGCUAUCAAAGCUCAGUUCCUUCACAAUUAUCAGACUGCACAUAUCCUUCAUUGUCAACAUUUUCCCCACUUCCAAACAAAAUAACAGACAAUUCAAAUAAUUCCUUUGAAAAUUCAAGUUCAGUCACCAGCCAAAGUCUUUAUCCCACAGAUUUCAUGAACAUUUCAGAGCAAACUCAAAUUUCCCAACACCUAACAAGUCCAAUUGUGUAUGCCGAUCCUUGUGUCUAUAACAAUAACCAAAUUCUAAAUGAAAGUUACAAUAUUGACAGCAGUGGCUAUGGCAUGGAGGGUUUCAGCCUGGCAUCCAUAUCAGCUGUGGGCUCCUACGAAAGAUCCCCAUCUGAAUGCCAGAUGGUUGAAGGCAACUGGAUCUCUAAUGAGAUGACAGAUACUUUAUGGAACAUGGAUGACAUAUGGCAGUUUGGGGAGUUGGGAGAGAUGAGCAACUAGAUAUGGCCAGGGGGGUAGUACUUAGUCAAAAGUUAUCCUGGAAC